CCUCAACAGGCUAUCAACCACAACAGGCUUAAGUGCAGUUUGUUUAGAGUGUGGUAGACAACAACUUAUCCCAAAAUGCUGUACCUUUUUCUGAUUCUUUCUGCUGUUUGUACCAUUGGCAAGACCUUGCCUUUACCUGAUCUUUUCUCCUACUCACCGGCUGUUGGAGGCGGCAGUGGGAGUGAAUUUUCAACUGCACAUGAAGGUCAUAUCACUGGUAUCAGGGCUUGGGAAUACUCUAACAGCUAUAUCACUGGGCUCCAGCUGAGAUAUGACAGUAACUGGACGACAAUGGUUGGUCAAAAUAAUAAUGGCCAUCCAAUAGAGAUGGAACUCUACGACAGAGAAUCCAUUGUUCAGAUCUCUGGAAAGCACAAUGGUUACGUCUACGAGCUUGUGUUUGGCACUAAUCUGGGGCGCUUCUUUAAAGUGGGGCAGCCUUCUGGUACCUCAUUUAACUUCUACCCAACCCACAGAGGAAGUGAAGUGCGUUUUCUCAGUGGUCGACAGGAUGGCAAUGGCAUCACCUCCAUUGGUGCUCACUGGGCCAUACAUAAAUAUGACACACCUGUGUCCACACCUGUGAAUCUUAUUGGCUAAUAGUUCUGCCUUUAGAUGAAUCAGUUAAUCUGAUAUAUAGAAAAGAUU